AUGAAAGGAAGGUUUAGAAGGAACAAUCUUCAUGGGCUGAAUUUGGACAGAGGCAUACUUGAGGAGGUUGUGGAUGUCAAAUUAGAAGUGUUAAAUUAUUUCAAGAAGUAUUUUUCGGAACCGAUUCCGUUUAGACCGGUUAUGGAUGGGGUGUUCUUCAACUUCCUUUCAGAUACAAAUAAAGCUUUCCUUGAUUCUCCCUUUUUGUUGGAAGCUAUUAGAGAAGUGGUUUGGAAUUUUUACAUGCAUGGAAAACUUCCUAAAGAUGUCACCGCUUCUUUUAUUGCUCUUGUUCCUAAAGCAGAUAAUCUGCAUAGCAUUGAAGAGUUUAGGCUAAUUUGUUUGGUGAGUUCUUUAUAUCGUGUUAUUUCUAAAUUUUUAGCUGCCAAGUUGAAAGUUGUAGUCGGUAAGUUAGUUGCUUAUUCUCAAACGAAUUUUAUAGAAGAGAGAAAAAUGUUUGAUGGUGUUUUGGUUUUUAAUGAGGUGUUAGAUUUUUACAAAAGAAUGAAAAGGAAGUGCUGA